AAGGGAAUGAAGAGGGAAUCCAACUGAAGCAUUAUUUUACUAUGUUGCACAAUGUUUCUCUUAGUUUACUUUUUUAUAAUAUGAUAAAAUCCUCUAAAUCAAGAGCAUUAUUGCAAUAAGAUUCUUCAUUUGAGAACCUUGUUUUGAUACUCAUGUUCCAGAAAUGGUGCACCUUCUAAUGGUUAUCUUUUUGCUAUGGCCGGGGUUAUCCCCCAUUUGUUGGAAUGCCUCGUGCAAGAAUGACUUUGCCGAUUGAAAUGGCGCAAGAGCCUGUUUAUGUAAAUGCUAAACAAUACCGGGGAAUCCUGAGGCGAAGGCAGGCCCAUGCCAAAGCAGAACUUGAUGAGAAGGUUAUAAAAUCCCGAAAGCCCUAUCUUCACGAAUCUAGGCACCAGCAUGCUUUGCGUAGGGCAAGAGGUAGUGGAGGACGUUUUGCGAAGAAAACAGAUGCCGAUAUUGAUACGGGAGAAGCAAAAGGAAACCUGGACCUCCACCCUCACCCUGCAAGAAGCAAGUGUCACAUGUGCACGACACGCACUAUGUGAAGGUUCAGGUCCUGCCUUAUCUCAGUCUCCAAGUUCCUCCAGUUCUGAACCAUUUGCAAACUGAUUCUGCAGAAACCUGGACCUCCACCCUCACCCUGCAAGAAGCGUCACAUGUGCACGACACGCACUAUGUGAAUGGCAGAAGUCAUUAUCAGAAACUAGGCAGUAACAUCUCCUCUAAUCAGGCCACUUGCUAUCUGGAGAAUGGAGGACACCCUUUCAAAAGCUGAAGGGUCAGUCGAACUCCAAGACUUGUCCUCGACCACGAUCAUGGCAAUUUCGUCAACGAGGCGGCAAAUCAUUCUUGGCUUCUGUUAGACGGGAGGAGAGAAGAACAUUGUUUUCGUCUUCUUUGCUUCUAUCAAAUUUCUCUAGCCUGCAUUUUUGUACAUAUACUGCUGAAUAGAACUGAAUAGUAUGUAGUUAAGGUAGUGGUUUGUGGGAAAAGGUUCCAUAACAAGAAGAUGGCACACAGGUUUUAUUUGCCGUUUUUAGUUGAAAAGCGUUUCGUUUUGUAGAUCGGUGUCUAUGAGCAUGGUAGACGUUAACUUAAACAGUAAUCUUUUAACAAAA